CCUGGACUAAGAACACCUCUACAAUCUUCUCGAAGAAAACUUCAUCAUCUUCCUCUCAAAUUUCAAACCACAAUUCUAUAGGUUGGUUAAACUUGUUUUAACCAUUGUCCUCUCUCGGAUUCGCCAGAACACGUCAAAAUGAGAGAAGCUAUCUGCAUUCACAUCGGACAGGCCGGUGUCCAGAUCGGAAACGCAUGCUGGGAGCUCUUCUGUCUGGAACACGGUACUUGACUAACAAGUCCUUCUUGUUUUUGCUGGAUAAUUUUCCGAUUGAAAUUUUUCGACACCUGGCGGCACUUGCUCGUUCUGAUGAUGUGAAUCUAUUCGGCAAUCUGCCUAAGAUAUCCCUGACUUGCUCGCUCUAAGUCUCUCCAUUUCGCUCCUGCAUCAGAUAAGUGGUUUUCUAUCCUGGCUUAUGAUAUCUGUUUCCGUACUCGCAGGUAUCCAGCCGGAUGGCCAGAUGCCGUCGGACAAGACCAUCGGUGGUGGCGAUGAUGCUUUCAACACCUUCUUUUCCGAGACCGGUGCCGGAAAGCACGUCCCGCGUGCCGUGUUCGUCGACUUGGAGCCGACUGUGAUCGACGAGGUCCGUACCGGAACCUACCGUCAGUUGUUCCACCCGGAACAGCUGAUCUCCGGUAAAGAGGAUGCCGCGAACAACUUCGCGCGUGGUCACUACACCAUCGGUAAGGAGAUCGUCGACUUGUGCUUGGACCGCAUCCGUAAGCUCGCCGAUAACUGCACUGGUCUGCAGGGCUUCCUGAUCUACCACGCAGUCGGUGGCGGUACCGGAUCCGGUUUGGGCUGCCUCAUGAUGGAGCGUCUGUCCGUCGACUACGGUAAGAAGUCCAAGAUUUCCUUCACGGUCUGGUGCUGUCCGCAGGUCUCCACUGCCGUCGUGGAGCCGUACAACACCGUCCUGUGCGUUCACUCUCUGUUGGAGCACACCGAUGUCACCAACCAGGUCGACAACGAGGCGCUGUACGAUAUCUGCCGUCGUAACUUGGACAUCGAGCGUCCUACCUACACCAACUUGAACCGUCUGAUCGCACAGAUCAUCUCGUCUCUUACGGCGUCUCUCCGCUUCGACGGUACUUAUAAUCGAUAAUCAUAUUCACCUCAUCUAGCGAGGACGGGACUGGAACCUUGUACUAGAGGAUCUUCCUCUUCGUGCUUCUGCUUCUAUCUUGAUUAUUAUAUGUUCCGGAUUUAGAAGAUUUGUUCGCACAACAUUACACCAUUCGAAUCUUGCACAUCCUGUCAAUCUAAACUCUCACUUUAGGUGCUUUGAACGUGGAUGUGACCGAGUUCCAGACCAACUUGGUGCCCUAUCCGCGUAUCCAUUUUAUGUUGACGUCCUACGCGCCGAUCAUCUCUGCCGAGAAGGCUUACCACGAACAGCUCUCAGUGUCCGAACUAUGUAACAGCGUCUUCGAGCCGUCCUCCAUGAUGGUCAAGUGCGACCCCCGGCACGGAAAGUACAUGGCCUGCUGCCUCAUGUUCCGUGGUGAUGUUGUGCCGAAGGAUGUGAAUUUAUGAAAACAUUCUAAAACUUCUUCUAAAUUCUAAUUUUUCAUCACGUUGUAGUAGCACAUAUCAGUCGUUAUUGUGGAUGUGGUCUCCGAAGGCCACAACAUUAGCUUGUGCACUAGUUUGAUUAAUGUUGAGGCAGCAGAAGAUAUUUGAACUUGAAGAAUUUAGUAGACGAUGAAACUGUUUAAAAGUACUAGUUGCUGACCUGCUCCAGUUUCGUCUCUCUAAUCCGUGCUUCCGUCGCCACCAUCAAGACCAAGCGCACCAUUCAGUUCGUCGACUGGUCUCCGACGGGCUUCAAGUGCGGAAUCAACUACCAGCCGCCGACGGUCGUUCCGGGUGGUGACUUGGCCAAGGUGAUGCGCGCAGUGUGUAUGAUCUCCAACUCCACCGCCAUCGCUGAGGUGUUCUCCCGCAUCGAUCACAAGUUCGAUCUGAUGUACUCGAAGCGUGCCUUCGUCCACUGGUACGUCGGUGAGGGUAUGGAGGAAGGCGAAUUCUCUGAGGCGCGUGAGGAUCUCGCUGCGUUGGAAAAAGACUACGAGGAGGUCGGUAUCGAGACCGCCGAAGGAGAAGGCGAAGAGGAGGGAUACGGUGACGAGUUCUAAAUCACGAGAAGAUGAGGAUGCCUUAGACUUCUUUGUUGCUACAAGUUAGACUUCGUUGUAGAGGAGAGGAUGAAGGUGUUUUUAGAUCAGAUGAUGACUUUCUCUUCGACUUUUUUGUGGAGGAGAAAAGUCAAAGUUCAUCUUCUUGAAGUUGGAUUAUUCUAGUGUCUUUACAUGUCUGGAGAUGGAACUGUCUGCACCUACAACACCGGGAUUGAAAUUGGAAUGAUCUAGAAUCAAUCUUAGCGAUCAUGAUUCGACUGUUUCAGUACUUGUGCUCGACUCCUCGACGAAGAAUGAAUUUUUGCAGAGUUGCUUUAGGAAUAUGAAGAUGAGGUAAGUAGGGUAGCGAUAUGCAUUUUUGCCAAUGAGAUGUUGUCUUCAAAAAAUAUUGAGAUGAAAUGCCUAUGACAACAUAGUAGAGUUUGAAGUGAAGUCGAAGUCAGACAACUCAAAUGAAACUAACAACACCUAGAUCAUGCCUUAAGACACAUGCAACUGAUUUGUAGAAAUAGAAGGAUGUUUGCUCACAUUCUGAUGGAUAGAAAUGUAACUAGAGUCUCCAACUUCUUUGGUAUUUCGCUCAGUCACUGUCGUCGUGAUUAUUUUUACCUUUCUUAAUAUCAAUGUGGUUGAUCAUCAUCCAUUCUGUCCAUGACCACUUCGGUCCAUUCGUCUACUCAAAAAUAUCUACUUGUCGUCAAUAGUCCUACUGAAAACACUGUUCUUGGAGACUUGUAAGAUCUGUAGAGAAGUACUAAGUUUGGUUUCAAACUGAGGAUGGACUUGUACCUCGUUUCUGACUCGUUUCCUCUCUAGAUUAUGAUUGAACAGAAACAGUGCUUGAAAACGAAGAUUCCUCUCCCCCGCGAACGCUGUUGUUUCCAGGACACUGUAGCCAUACGAGAUCAUAUGCAUCCGAUGGUCAGACCUUAUAGAUGUUUCGCUUCAACUAAAACUUUCC